UCGGCGUCCCCGGCUUGGGCUGACCAGACGCGGAGCCACUUAGCGUUUCCUCCUCCCCCUGUCGGGGUCUGUCCUCCCUCCGCCGUCUCCUCUUUCUCCGCCUGCAUCCCCGGGGGGCAGAGUGUGGGAAGAACGAAUUUCCGCCCGGUUUGCCCGCCACUCGCCGACUUGGGUCCCUUCCGGACGCAGCCUGCGCACCCCCGGCUCCUCCCCCGGCUGUUCCACCGAGGCCGCGCUCCUGGUCCGGGACCGAGAGCCAGGAGGCGCGAGCUGCGGGGGCCGAGCCGCCGGGGCACAGCAGCCAAGCCGCGCCCCGAGGAGCUCUUGGAAGGGCUCCCGCCUGCAGCUGGGGAAUCCGCUCGGCGGGGAGAAUCCGUGCCAGGGAAUCCAGCUCUCCGGACUCAGCUGCAAACAAAAAGCUCAGGUCUGACUCCCUCCCUCCCUCCGCCCCCCGACGCACACCCGGAGAAACAGUUUUGUGCAGAAAUGCAACAAGUAGCACCCGGAGCUCCCGGAGCGCCCCGCGCCGCCUGACUUGGCUGGGGGAACCCGCCUGCAGAGACCCGGGCCAGCCACCGGACAAAGGGCGGAGGAGGGGCUGGACCGCGCUGCGGAGUCCGAAAGAGGCCAUUUAGCGACUCUGGCCAGGCCAAGGGGAAUGCAGAGGAGACAUAGAGCCGGCGGGCCAAGAGGACGAUCCGGCCGCAGCACGCAGGACGGGCGGCGAUGGAGGCUGCCCGCGCCGUGCGCUUCCUACUCGUGGUGUACGGCUGCCUCGCGCUCCCGCCGCGGGCCCAGCCCGUGUGCCCAGAGCGGUGCGACUGCCAGCACCCCCAGCACCUCCUGUGCACCAAUAGGGGGCUCCGCGCAGUGCCCAAGACCAGCUCGCUGCCGAGCCCCCAGGACGUGCUCACCUACAGCCUCGGCGGCAACUUCAUAACCAACAUCACGGCCUUCGACUUCCACCGCCUGGGGCAGCUCAGACGGCUGGACCUGCAGUACAACCAGAUCCGCGCUCUGCACCCCAAGACCUUCGAGAAGCUCUCGCGGCUGGAGGAGCUCUACCUGGGGAACAACCUCCUGCAGGCGCUCGUCCCGGGCACUCUGGCCCCGCUGCGCAAGCUGCGCAUCCUCUACGCCAACGGGAACGAGAUCGGCCGCCUAAGCCGCGGCUCCUUCGAGGGCCUGGAGAGUCUGGUCAAGCUGAGGCUGGAUGGGAACGCCCUGGGGGCGCUGCCGGACGCGGUCUUCGCCCCCUUGGGCAACUUGCUUUACCUACAUCUGGAGUCCAACCGGAUCCGCUUUCUGGGCAAGAACGCUUUUGCCCAGUUGGGCAAACUGCGCUUCCUCAACCUCUCUGCCAACGAGCUGCAGCCCUCCCUGCGCCAUGCAGCCACCUUCGCACCGCUGCGCUCCCUCUCCACCCUCAUCCUCUCGGCCAACAGCCUCCAGCACCUCGGGCCGCGCGUCUUCCAGCACCUGCCUCGUCUCGGCCUACUCUCGCUCAGGGGCAACCAGCUCUCGCACCUCGCGCCGGAGGCCUUUUGGGGGUUGGAGGCCCUACGCGAGCUGCGCCUGGAGGGGAAUCGGCUGAGCCAACUGCCCGUGGAGCUGCUGGAGCCUCUGCACAGCCUGGAGGCGCUGGACCUUAGCGGGAACGCGCUGUCAGCUCUGCACCCCACUAUCUUUGGCCACCUGGGCCGGCUGCGCGAGCUCAGCCUGCGCGACAACGCGCUCAGCGCUCUCUCCGGGGACAUCUUCGCUGCCAGCCCGGCCCUCUACCGGCUGGAUCUAGACGGCAAUGGCUGGACCUGCGACUGCCGUCUGCGGGGCCUGAAGCGCUGGAUGGGCGACUGGCACUCACAAGGCCGUCUUCUCACGGUCUUCGUGCAGUGUCGCCACCCCCCGGCCUUGCGGGGCAAGUACCUGGAUUACCUGGAUGACCAGCAGCUGCAGAACGGGUCUUGUGCGAGUCCCUCGUCCUCCGUUUCCCCGACCGCGGAAGGGCUGCGGAGGCCCUUGCCCACAGCCGCGGGGGAGGAGGUGGCGCCCCCUGCAGGUGGCCUCGCGGAGGAGCUGCCGCCGCAGCCGCAGCCGCAGCAGCGCGGGCGAUUUCUGCCUGGGGUGGUCUGGGAUGGGGCCGCCAGGGAGCUUUUGGGCAACCGCAGCGCUCUGAGGCUGAGCCGACGGGGCCCGGGCCUCCAGCAGCCGGGCCCCUCCGCCGCUGCUGCCGCGGACCCGGCGCCACACCCUCUGGACCUGCUUCAGAAGCCCGAACGGGGACCUCCGACUUCUGCAGAUGCUGCCCAUGCGGAGCCCACCCCGACGGCCGCACCCGUCUCUGCGCCAUCGUCCGCUGGCGACCCCUGGCAGCGCGCAGCAAAGCAGCGUCUAGCAGCGCAGCAGCAGGAAAGCACCGCCCAGUCCGACGGCGGGGUCGGCCUGCCGCCGCUGGUGUCUGACCCGUGCGACUUCAACAAGUUCAUCCUGUGCAACCUGACGGUGGAGGCGGUGGGCGCCGACAGCGCCUCGGUGCGCUGGGCCGUGCGCCAGCACCGCAGCCCCCCGCCGCUGGGCGGCGCGCGCUUUCGUCUGCUCUUCGACCGCUUUGGCCAGCAGCCUAAGUUCCACCGCUUUGUCUACCUGCCAGAGCGCAGCGACUCGGCCACAUUGCGCGAGCUGCGCGGAGACACACCCUACCUGGUGUGCGUCGAGGGAGUCCUCGGGGGUCGGGUCUGCCCGGUGGCCCCCCGUGACCAUUGCGCUGGGCUGGUCACCCUGCCAGAGCCUGGGAGCCGGAGCAGCGUAGAUUACCAGCUGCUGACCUUGGUCUUGCUGGCCGUCAAUGCACUGCUGGUGCUCCUGGCCUUGGCGGCCUGGGCGUCACGCUGGCUGCGGAGGAAGUUGCGGGCUAGGCGGAAGGGUGGGGCCCCUGUGCAUGUUAGACACAUGUAUUCCACCCGACGUCCCCUGCGCUCUAUGGGCACCGGGGUGUCCGCCGACUUCUCUGGAUUCCAGUCCCACCGUCCGCGCACCACCGUGUGUGCUCUCAGUGAGGCGGACCUCAUCGAGUUCCCCUGCGACCGCUUCAUGGACAGCGGCGGCGGCGGCACAGGUGGCAGCUUGAGACGGGAAGAUCAUCUUCUGCAGCGAUUUGCUGAUUAGAUCCAGAGCCUCCGAGGAAUGUGAAGAUCUCUGCCAUGUAACAAACUGACAAUAAACUCAAGGACUGUUUUAGUUGAGCUGAGUGGUUCAACUAGUAUUUUCUCUUUAACAUUAACACCGCAAGAACAUUCGCUGACCUUGGGGUUAACUAAGGUGACCUACUUUCUCAGGAGAAGGCUGCUCGCAAGACUUCUCUGUCAGGGUUGCUCCUGUGGCUUUUUAAGUUUGUUUUUCUGAACCUGUAUAUGCAGAAGGAAAUUUCAGUGCCGGCACUUGAUAAAAGAAUGUUAACUAACGCGUGUGUAACCAAUGACCCCGCAGGGAAGGGCAGCCUUCUAGUUCACUUAACCGCAUCUCUGACAAUGUGUCCAGACUGGAAUGAAUACGAUGUGGUACUUCUCGUGUUUUUCUCAGUGACACGCAGUUGAGGGUGCCCUGCUUCUCUGGGGUUGCACAGUUAAGUGAUAAAGGUAAUUUCCUAAUAGCAAGGAAGCAAAAGGUGAUGGUCAAUUGAUAGCGUGACGUUCAAUCACAGCAGUGUCUUACUCUAUAUAAAAUAGAGAGGAAGAAAUUAUCGGGAAAAAUGUGAAAAAGUAUACAUCAGUGGUUGUCUGUUUCUACUAAAGCCAGAAGGUUGUUAGGAGUACUUAAACCUCACUGUGAAAUAAUUAUAUAUUUUGCAAGUUAAUCCCUCCACUACCCAGUGUUGUACCACGUUAUUAAAUCUUAUCGUUUAGUUACUAAUUGCAGUAUUUCUUUUAAAAUGUUGUUUUGCUUUAAACUUAGGAUUAGGCUCCUUUAUUUGCUCCUUCAUUGUUUUCAACUAUUUGGGACACUUUGGUCCCCUGAUAUUUAUGAAGUACAUGUUUAUCGCUAACCGUAGUGCUUUGGUUUACAUUAGCAGUUUUGUGUGUGGUCUAAAAAAGCGGUCCCAGAGAAGAUCUGCACGGUUAUACUGUCCAUGGUUAUGGAUUUAUUGGCAGUGGGGUGCCGUGGAGGCGACUACAAUGGUGCUAAGGCUAACAGCGAAUCUUCUAAUUAGGGCCUUACGCCCCUGAUGGUCCUGAUGACUCAGGGAAUCUAUCCUAGACCGGGGGUCCUUCCCCAGGCCUCUCCUUUUAUGUUUGGUCCAUUGAGCCAAACCUGCCCUUGGCCCAGCAGCUGAGCAGGGACCCAGGCAUCUAAAUGAACUGAUCUGUGUUCAUGUUCAGAUGAGUGAAUGUCCAGACCACUUAAAGUACAGCUGCUUCUCUGAUAGUCGUAUCUGUGGGGCCCAAACUUGACCAACCACAGGAAAGAGGCUGUCAUUCUUACUCUGCUGCCGAGGCUUGUGACCGAUCCCGAGCCUAUUAGUAUGCAGGAGAGGAGUCGUUCACUCUGUUUUGCAACCUCCGGGCUAUCUUGCACCCCUGGUGCCCCUACUUUUGUUCAUUUGUACAGUGAUGGCAUCUUUUAGCUGUUCCUUUGCACAGCAGUGAAAUAUUGAGCCCCACUGAAAGUCUGGAAAAGACCUCUGGACCUUCCCACCACCCACCCUUUCGUAGCAGAACAUCACUGAAAAUACUUCACGGAAAAACAGUAAAAGCUAUGUGAAAACAGUUCGACUGGAAAGUCUUUCGGUGGGAAAUGAAUAAAUGUUAUAUGUUGUUAUGUUCAGUUAUGUCAAUAAACCCACUUGCUAAUGGA